AUGUCCAUCUUGAGACCUCCAGCAUACCUUUCAGAUCUAGCUGAGCCAUCUCGGAGGUACUUGAGAGCCUCCCUCAAUUCCAUCUCAUUUCGUUCAAAUUCCUCAGAGGUAUACUCGAGGUACCAUCGAUAGACUUCAGAGUCUGAAGUCAGACCCUUCGAUAUACCUCAAGGAUUACCGCGAUAACCUUUCUCGAAUUUCUUGGGAAAUCCAUUAAAAGCAAGCAAAAAUGAUCACAAUGACGUGUAAGGAAUUUGUAAAACAUUGAAAAUUGUUUGUUUUUUUUUGCCUUUUCAGCGUUAGCAAGCUUUCUCGAAAUGCCAUUUUUGUAAUUCUGGGUCAAAAUGAUUAAUAUCAUUUUUAUUUUCAGAUUAACAAGCUCAGUUCGUUGAGCAUCUGAUCUGGCAAAGUGUAUCUUUUAAAGAGUCUCCAGAAUUUUGGAUUUUCAACGAACAUUCAAAUCCUUGGAGGUCUAGAUUAGUCAAUGGCUUCCGGUCUUUUCGAAAAUCCGUCAUUUGAUAAAGAUGGCAUAAUUUAAGUUACUUUUUUUAUUCAGAUCUAUUUUUUUCAAAAAGUAUCUUUUCGGGUGGAUGGUGUUUUUUUCUUUUUUGAACAAAGAACCCCAAAAUGGAAAAAAAAGUUUGAAAAAAAAAGUUUUGUUUCUUUUUCGUGUGGGAAGGUCUGAAACAUAGCUUUUCUCCAAAAUAGGGCGGAAAGGUGCGUUAACGUCGACCGAAAUAAUAUUACUAAAGUGGGACGGCGGAGUUGGUGGGGGAGUUGCGGACGAUCGAUCGCGCCACGCAACCCUCCGACGCCCGCAGGCAUGGUGUACACCCACGGCUUGUACUUUCCCCCGCGGCUCCUCGGGACGACGGUCGCCAAGGUGAUUCGAGCUGCCGAAAUCUUUCUUUUAUGUCUUUCUCUCCAAAAUAAGCUGGAGGCCUAAGAGAAGAGAUGUUUUCCAAUUUCGCUGGAAGCUUCCAAACUUCCGAGCGUUGUUCUGUGAUAAAGUAACUUUGUUGGUCAGGAUAAGAUAUUGAAACAUCAAUGAACAGAUACAUAUCCGGUUUGUUAACAUUUUCCAGCACUUUAUAAUUUACUUUUUUAUCAAACUUCCAACCAUUUUUUUCCCAACUUUCAUUUGAACUUUCUUUCGUACGAACAUUUAGAUAUUGCCAUCCUCCUAAAUCUUUUUUUCAAAUAAUCUUUUUAAGCUCAAAGACGAGAGAUAUAUUUUCAAUAUGGGAUAGACGUAGGGGAGCAUGAACAAAGUACAGAAAUAAACUUUUGUUUUCCCUUAAACUUCUUCCUCAAUCAAUUUCAACUGAUUUUUUUUUUCAUAGCACAAAUCAACUCUGUCAAAAUUUUUACUUAUUCGAUUAGAUUAUAUACUUUCAGAUCGCAUGUAUCUCUUACUGAACCUCAAAGACGACACCUUGUUGCGGAGUGUCGUUCAUUUGUUGGUGAGCCAUUCUCUUCGAAGCUGGUUGGAGUUUCCAAGUUUCAGUUCCAACACGGACACUGCGCCUUGUCCAUCGGCGAGACUGUGGAGGACUUGUGUCCGACUUGCGAGAGACACAGGUCAAUCCAAUCGGAGCCUAGUUCUUCCAAAGGAAAGGUGGCUUUUCUUGAUAAUCAGAACAAAAAAAGGGUCGAAGAGAAUGAGAUGGUUGUUUCAGAAGAGCUCCAAGCGUCAACACUCGGAAGUCUGCGCGGCUGAAAUCCCGACUGAAGAUGGGCUGGACUCCUCCCGACCUUGCAGCUAUUCUUUGAAGGGAGAACCCAGCGACGAAGGCAAUGAAGACAUGGUUUGCUUUCAUUUAAUUCUCACUAGAUUAUAGUUAGGAAAUUUCAAAGAAUAAACUUAACGAAAAUCUUAUUGUUCUCCUGAAAAAAAUUUGUUGUUCUUCUAAACUCAAUUGGAAAAGUAAGUAGUGAGCAAUAUGUAAAUUAUCACUGGCUUUUCUCUUAGAAGAUAUCAUAAAAGUAGAGAAUCUUGUCUUUCAUCGGUUCUAUUUUGAAGCUGUUUACCGCAGCCGUGAAAAACACGAAGUCUCAAGAUUAGGCUUUCUCUCAAAUUGAGAUUUUGGGAAUCUUCAUAUGGGACAUCGAGAAGCAUUCCGGCAAAUUUUGAAAAAUUCCCAUGCGCAAAAUAAAAUCGUUAUCCUAAUUAGAAUUACUUUUAGAGAGCUCGAAGCCAGAUUUAAGAAAAAAAAAAUUGGCUUUGCCGUUUCGUCGAUUUAUAAAGCUUCAAAGUUAGUACGCUAUCACUUUAGUGGAGAAAAUCAGGGCUUGAGCUUUUUCAGACUUGGCUCCAAGUCAAAAAAUGAAAAAAAAAAUUUCAGGCCUUUAUUCUAAAUGCUCCUAAUAAAUCUAAAUAAUUUAUGGUUAGUUAGUGUCUUUUCAAGAAAAUUUCGGAAGUUUUCAGCAUAUUCUUAGAGCACGCUUUUUUAGAUUUUUAUCAAGUUUCUUGAGUCAUAAAACAAGGCUGAGGUCAAUGACAAUAGGUUUCUUUUGAGACCGUGAAAUCUUGGUGAAAAGUUCUGACGAACAAAUCUUCGACGAGUUUUUUGUCUGUUUUAUUCCGUAACUACUCAUUGUCAACAAAAGACUCAAACUUUGGUUCAGGAAAUGACUGUUGACGUCGACGGCGAUGGUGACGGCGACGACGACACCGAAAGCUUCGGACUGAACACCUCGUUGGCCAUUUAUGAACAACAAGGCGUCGAGCAGGUUCCUACCAGUUGAAUCUCAUUCUCACGUCGAAAUUCCUAGGCGUCUCCCACAGAAACGGUUCAAGCAAAAAGAAAAUCCAGAAGCAACGGGGGCGAGGAAAGCAGCGAAGUUUUCGAAUGCCAGGUUGCUUUUUCUAGGAUAAAAUAAAAGUUCAUUCAAUGCCAAUCACAACAAGUGAGUACAAUUUGAAAGUAGUGCAAAAAAGAGAUAGGCGGAAGAAUAACGAUACUCGGGAGGAAGGCAACCCCAACGAGUUGACAGGUACCAGAAGAUUGUGACACACUUACGUGAGUCGAUAAGGGAUAUUUUAAUAAAAAGCUGGCAAUGUAUAUUAAUAAAGUUUCCUGAAAAGAGUUUUUGUGAGGACACUGAAGUCUAAAAAAUCACGGUAGUUAUAUCCAUAAAGGAAUAUUUUGGGAAAAUCAUUAGAGAGAUUUGAGUAUUUGGUUCUAUCAAAAUCUCUACGAUGUUUUGAAACAGAAUCAAAUUUUCAGCUUUGCAAAAAGCACAUCACGCGACAAGGACAAUACGCGAAUCUGAUGAACCAUCUGUCGCGACAUUCCAGACUCCAUGCCUCCAAAAAACAAUACUAGUGCGUUCAUAACGUUUUCUUGAUCAUUUUUACUCAGUUUUGAUUGAAAAUAAUACGAAAAACUUUUUUAAGCUGUACGGAAUGUGGAGCAAGCUACACUCGAAGGUACUUAGCUGUUUCGCAUAUGCGCGAGACUCACCCAACGUCCACAGCUGAACCACUUGACUAUGGGUAUGAAAAGAACAGAAUAUGAGAUAACAGAGUUUUUAGAUGUGAACUAAAAGAAGAGUACAAAAAUCUACUCGACACAUGCUUCCCGGAAGCCGAAGCCAGACGCAAGGCGUUGAUGGCGUCGCGGGAAGAAAAUGUGCGGCUGGAGCGCGGAGACUGCACAGAACGGCUCGUGGUCCAGUCGAUGCUCAAGCUCGGCUCUCCCAUUUGA